UAUAAACCAGCAGCUUUUCCUCAGUCUGAUCAUUUUGAAUCUGUUGUAGGUGAGAUUAGUGAGACGUCCACACUCAACCAAACGAUCAAAAUGCCGAAACAAUCGCAGAAAACGACCAAGGUUGCUAAACGCAAACCAAGACAUCAGGAGGAACCCAUCGAUGUUUCAACACUUCAUCUGGACUUAAAAAAACAUGAUGAAGUCUUGAAUGAAAAGGAGUUCACUGCACGAAAUCCACAGGACCAAGGGGACCAAGAGGAGCCGUGUAAUUCCACUGGUGAUGAAACUCCUGUCCUAGACGCUGAGUUGAUUGAGUCCAUCAAGAGAAUGCCAAAAAAGCUACUUCAAGAGGAGUAUCUGGAGCUGAUGAAGGACUAUAUCAUCACCAAGGGGAAGCUGGAAGCUUUUGACGCUGAUAUCCAAGGCCAGCAAGUUAUCGUCAACCUAACGGCUGAACGGGAUACCCUCAAAAAAAAAAUGAAAGAGAUCAACAUCCAGAAGGGAGAGGCCAUCAAGAAGCAGGAGAAACUCUUGGAGGAGGUGGAUGAGCUGAAACAGAAACUCAGCCCCCAGGAAUGUCCUUCCCAAGAGAACCCGGUGCUGAAGAACACGCUCAAAAACAUCCAGGAGGAGUUCAAAAACAAGAUCAUCCAAGAGGUUCAGGGCACCCUUAGAGUCUCAAACCAAGAGUUCAGUGAGAGGUAUCAAACAGAGGUCGCCACUUUCAGACAUCAGGCUGAGAUACUUAAUAGUGAGCUGGAGAGGGAAGUCCAGGCAAAUGCAGACAGGAUGGUGGAAGACCAGCAAUUCAUCAAGAACUUACAAGUGGAACUGAACGCCCAGCAUAGAGAAAUGGCAGAAACCAACAUCUCCCUGCAAAACACCCUGGACAAGGAGAAAGAUUACAUGAGAGAGAUAGAGGAGUUGAGAAUUCAGCUCAACUCUCACAAACAACUUCUGAAAGAACAUGAGGAGCUGAAAGAGGAACAAAAAACCACCAAGGAGAAGUUUGACGCUGAGCUUCGGCUAGAAAAACAGAAAUAUAUGCUUCUCCAAAAAGAACACAAGAGCCACAAGGCGAUGGACGACCAACAAGACCAGAUGAACCUGACAGCUGAGAAGGAAGACCUGAUUAAGAGUAUGAGUGAGAAGGAGGAAGAAGAUAGAGAGAUUACUGAAGCUGUCAAAGUCCAAGAGGAGGCUGAGGACUCAGAGGAGCAGAUCCCCAAGCAGGAGUCGUCUAUCACUGAGGGACCAGCCAUCCAACUCCAGGAGGGGCCUGAGGACUCAGAGAUCACCAGUGCUGAGACUUCUGAAUCAAGUGCAACAACCCUCACCCCCCAGGAAGAGCCCCAAGAUUUGACUGGAGUCACUGAGAUAGCGCCUCAAGUCAAACCUUCAUCCUGGAAAAGGUUUCGACAUUUUAUUGGAUUGAGGAAGCCAAAGUCCUGGAAGAAGAAGAAGAAGAAAGAGCCUACAAUAACUCCUCAGCCCCAUCCCUCUGACCCCUAACUAACCUUCCUCCCCCAUUUCCUCACCCCCAUCUUCAUCCUCUUCACCCUUUUCUGUCUUAGUGGGUUUCCCCCGGGUAACUCCGGUUUCCCCCACUAAUCAAACAAAUACAACAAACAAUUAAAUAAAAAACAACAACUAAACAAACAAA